AUGAAUCUACAGCCUCUUCACAGCGCUCUUAGAAGCUUUAAUGUACAGGACGGCGCCAGAAUGUCUGGCGUUUAUGAAAUUUGCAGGAAUAAUGAGGUGAAAUUUUUAUUAUCAAGGAGUAAGAGUCUGCCAAAGAGACUGGGGCUGAGUUCACACGGUGCCGGAAAAAUUUUCUACCGCUCAAAUAUUCGUACGUUUAGAUGUUUCGUUCACACGGAACUCUAAGCUAACCAUACGAAAAUUUGAACGCCUACGCGUAUACGUUCAACAACUGGAACGCUAAACUCGAGGUCAAAUUUUUAAUCGGUAGGCUCGCAAAUUUAACCGUCGCAAUGUGAACACCAUGACCGUCCAAAUUUUUGAAAGAUAAAUUUGACCGGAGCGGUGUGAACGCAAUAGCCGUCUAAAAUUUUGUACGGCAAAGGCGCAGUUGCAUGGAUGCGUGGUAACUUAGCUGGGAGAUGCCAUUUGGAUUUGCUAAGAAGUAACCUGCUUAUGAGCAGAUGGUAAACCCUCUGACAAAAGUUAAAAUUCAACCUGGUUUGUCAGUUUCGUGAGUGAUCAGAGCAAAAAUAUUGAAUGGUUCCAGUGCCAUGUGAAGGUAACCUUACCGCUAGAUCUUCAAUAAGCCAGGAGCCUAUGACUCCUGCUUUCGGCUGAAUGUAAGUAGAUCUGGUCGACUCUCCAUGACUCUCAAACAUUCUCGGCUCAGAAUUGUGUCAAAGACAGCAUGGAUGGAAAAGGUUUGGACUGAGAUAGAUCCAAAAAGACAAUUUAACAUUUCACAUAAUAUUACACUAAAUUUCGUGUCGAUUUUCGCAACUUAAUAUUAACAGUGGUGCUUAUCUUAAUAGAUCAUCUACAUUGGUGGAAAUCCCCACUUCAGUAACAUCCGAGACUGUCUAAACGCUCAUUUUAGCGGGAAUGAUAGACUUUCCAAAUUGGCAGAUCUCUGA